AUGUCUGUGUCACUCUGCGCGGGAACUGUUAGAGGUUUACACUAUCAAUCUCCACCACAUGCCUUAGCCAAACUAGUGUCUGUAUUAACUGGUCGUAUUCGUGAUGUAAUCGUCGAUAUACGACGGGGCUCGCCGACUUACGGACAACAUAUAUGCAUCGAAUUAAGUUCUGAUAACUUCCAGCAUGUGUUCAUACCUGCUGGUUAUCUUCAUGGUUUUGUGACUAUCGAACCAAAUACCUGUGUUAUGUAUAAAAUGAACUCGUACUUUUGUUCGGAAGGCGAUGGAACAGUUCUCUGGAACGAUCCUGAUCUUAGUAUUGACUGGAAGUUAGCUUCUAACACGGAAAUCACAAUUUCGGCGCGAGACGCGUCAGCGCAGUCAUUCGCUGAGUUUUUUUCACCAUUUGAAUUCGAAACCGUCUAGGCUUCUUUUUUUCUCAAAAUGAUGGCUGUUCUAUAACCUUUUCAAAAACUUUAAUCCACUACUCUCUAGUCGAUAGAGUAUGUUCAAAACGAUCAAACUCAAAUUUUUAGAGUAUUACGUUGUUGGUGUGCGUGUGGGUGUGGGUGUGGGUGUGGGUGAGGGUGUGGGUGCCGGUGGUGGGUGUGAAUGACUAUGGGCGUAGGUAUGGGUUUGCGUGUGGAUGCGGGUGUGGUACUAAUGGCUAAUACUCUGACUUACAGCGACACCCACAUCUUGAGAGCGUGGGUGUGGGUAUAGGUUUCAGUGUGCGUGAGGUGGGUGAGGGUGAGUGUAGGUGAGCGUGUGGGUGUGGGGUGUGGGUAAAACGGGUGAGGGUGGGUGUGAGUGUAGGUAGGUUUAAGUGUGGGUGUCGGUGUGUGCGGGCGUGGCUGUAGGUUUGGGUGGGAGUGUGGGUUUGGGUGUAGGUGUGGGUGAGUGUGGAUGUGAGUGUGACUGUCGGUAUCUUCAGUAAAAUAAACAAAACACCCACCCCACACCCUCAAACACCCACACCCACACCCAUCCACAACCACACUAAAUGAUCCAUUUUCUUGAAAAAAAUAUAAAAAAUACUCAUCUU